AUGUCGCAGGAACAAGAUUGGUCGUCUCUCCCGGUGGACCUGCUUAUCCUGAUCCUCAACCGUCUCCGGUGGUCAAGCCACCCGAGUUUCGCCUUGGUGUGCCGACAAUGGCGCUCCGCCGUGUCGCCCUUCUACCCGGCGUGGAUCACCCCGCUCCUGCUAAACACCACCGACGUUGGAACCACCAACAUCCGCUACUACAGUCCCUACUUCCAGAAAAACUUCGAGAUUGACGACACGCUAGAGGCGCCUGGCGCCAAGAUCUGUUGCGCCAGCGGAAGGUACGUGACACUAUGCAUGCCAAAGCAGAUACUCAAUGUUGACCUUUUGAGCUACGACAACGACUAUCUGCCACUGAUAUCUCAGUUCCGGUUUGAGCAUAUCGUCUACGACGGUAUGCGCAAGAUGGUUGGCAUUGACACGGUUUGCCUGCAAGAGAUUGGUUGUUGCAUGCAAAACAGCGACGAGGUGUGGGAACGUUGGGCAUACUGCUACCCUGACAGGACAAAGUUUACGGCGUCACCAGUGUCCAACCCUGUGUUCCACCGCAGCUUCAUCUAUCUACUACUCGAAGACGGAAGAUUAGCCGUAUGCGACGAGUGCAAACACGAAGAAGGAUUUGAAAUUCUUGACAAGCCCCAAAGUUUCGGGUUUGUAUACGAAGACAGCUACUUGGUUGAGUCCGACCAGGUUGAGCUGAUGGUCGUCCUCAUCGGCCGACGCGGGUCGCCUGUCAACAUUUUCAAGCUCAAUGAACACACGAUGGAGUGGGAGAAAAUGGAGAGCCUAGAUGGCAGGGCUUUGUUUACAGGUACACUCACGACUGUAAUGAAGAAGACUGCCAUUAAGUCCAUGCAAAAUAAGGUCUUCCUCCCAAGACUCUACGAUUGGCCUGACAUCGUUUAUGCUGACUUUGUUCUGCGCGACGGUGAAUUUGCCUUCGUAGAGUCACGGCGUGUUGAUAACAAAAUGAAGGUUGGCAAUGGCGCAUAUAGCACAAACAUGUGGUCUUACGAAUUGGGACAACGCGAAAAUCCAAGGGACUUUUGGGAGACAGAGAGAAUGGAUUACAGUAUUUGGGUCGAUUUUAGCAAUAGUUAA